AUGGCGCCUGCCACCGUCCAUUUGCCCAACGGUCAGAACCUGACCGUGACCCCCGUCUUUGGUGGCCUGCAGUUCAAGGUCAACGACCUGACCAGCCACUCGCACUCGCCUUUGCCCCCAGGAUGGGCUGUCGUGCUCAACUCCGAGGAUGACGAGCAGCUAGUCCCCCAGAACAACGGCCCCAAUGGCGACGACGACGACGACGACGACGACGACGAAGACGAAGGCUCCAAGAGGCAUUCCAUCCAUCGCUACACCCGUCCUACCCUGCAACGCGACCAUCUGUACAUCUCCUCCAUCUACCAGCCCAGCAGCAAUGAGCUCAAUCCCACCUCGUCGCCCACGCGCCAGAUCGCCAUGAUGCUGUGGGCCACCCUGUGGUGGUACUUCCACCAGCAGGAGCCCGACCCGCGCAUGACCAACGACAAGUCCAAGAACACGGCCCAGCUGGGCAAGCCCAAGGGCGAAUGGCGGAUCAAAAUAAAUCGCGAGGGCAUCUUCAAGGGACGGACGGUGCUGCCAAAGCUGGAGCGCAUGGGCUUGAUCGCGAGCGAGGACACCAGCGUCGGCGUCGACCAGGAUGAGCGCUCCGGCGAGGGCUGGCAAAACAUGUUCGUCAGCCGGCGCGCAUUCUGGCAGCUAGACCCACGGCUGUACCUCUUCACGCUGUCGCCGCUGUCCAGCUCGCCGCUUACGUCCGGAUCCCCUCUCAAUUCGAGAUCCAGCUCCCCCACGGGCGAGGAAGAGACGAAGCGCCACUCGCGCCCCAUGUCUGACAGCUUCCCCGCCGGCCUCUGGUCCCCUGCUGCGCCUGGCCCGUUCCAUUCCAGCAGCCAUCUCCCGACCUAUUAUCCGCCGCACCCGCCGCAGUACAUCUACACGAACGACAUACGGCACCCGCUGCGCCCCAAGCCGCCGCGGCAGGGCGAGACCUUCUACACGCGCUACGUGCCCUCCGUGGGGCAGUACCUGUCGUUCCGGGUCGCGUCCGCGUCGGCGCAGCCACACCGGCACCACGGCCCCGUGUCGUCCAUCUCGUCAAUGUCCGACCUGCGCAGCCCAACGCGGCCCGGCGGCCGACGUGCCAGCGUCUCAGACUCCGCGCUCCCGAUCUUCAGCCACGUCGGCGAAUCCGACACGGACCUGCUGCACCGGUGGAUGAACGACCCGCGGGUGGCGCAUUUCUGGGGCGAGCAAGGCCCGCGCGACCACCAAGAACAAUUCCUGAAGUCGGGCCUGCGCAACAAGCACUCGUUCCCCGUCAUUGGCUGCUGGGACGGCAAGCCGUUCGGCUACUUUGAGAUUUACUGGGUCAAGGAGGACGGGCUGGGCAAGCACCUUGGCGGCGCGUGUGGCGACUACGACAGGGGUAUCCACCUGCUCAUUGGCGAGCAGGAGUUCCGUGGCGCGCACAGGGUCCGCAUUUGGCUGACGGCGCUGCUGCACUAUUGCUUUUUGGCUGACAUGCGCACCGAGGCCGUCAUGCUGGAGCCGCGCAUCGACAACGAGAAAUUGCGCAAGUACCUCGAGGACGCGGGCUUCUUCAAGGAGCGCGAGGUCACGUUCCCUCACAAGCAGUCUAACCUCAUGAAGUUCAAGCGUGAGAACUUUGAUGGCCCCGCGCUGUAG